UAUCUGCUGCGUUCCAAUUUGCAUUCACCUUCCUUUUUCAUGUUACACUUUAAGGUUGCAGUGACCGAUAUCGCUCCUACCUGCUUUGCUUGCACGCCGUAGGCAGUCCGCUGACCUUCGCCUACCUCUUCACAUCUGACACUUACCUCGCAACAAACACACAAAACGCUUCAGACCCCGCCAUGAGCGAGGCAAUGGACCGGACGCGCAAGGCCAUUCGUGACCAGCUGCUGAGAGACUACCCUUUCAGCAGGCCCGCAACUGCCCAGUCAAUCAGGUUGCCAGCGACUAAUCAAGAGGAGCCACCGCUUCACAGCACUCUUGCUCGCCUGACUGUACCAGACAAGGUCACGAUUGAGGUUGGACCAGAGCGAGUGCAAUACCACCUCUCAGAGGCCUUCCUGAGUCACCACUCCGAGUACUUUAAGCGUGCUUUUGCUGGAAUAUGGCGCGAGGCUGCAGAGCGUACGGUUGUGCUCGGAAGCGAUGUCGAGGCUAGCAUCUUCAACCUCUUCGUGGAAUGGUUGUACACGCAAACACUACCUGCCAUGUCACCAGACUGGCGUCGCAUUGCCGAUCCUGUGCACCCUUACAGCAUCUCCGCCAAGAUGCUUCGCCUAAAGCUCUACGUGUUCGCCGACCGCUUCGUCGUACCUCGACUGCGAGAGCAGCUUAACCGCGCCAUUGUGAACGACUACGACUCUGACUGCCCCGCGCUCGAAGAGUACGAGACGAUCACCUACGCUUUCUACAACCUGCCUUCGACUGAUCCGAUCCUGGACCUCAUCGUAGACCGCUACUUCAUGGUCUGGAGGCUCGAUCUUGAUGAAGGUGAGGAGGACGAGGCGUACGAACUCCUGCCCCACGAGUUUCUGCUGCGGUUCUACAAGAGAGUCGGCAAAUGGCGCAAGGACGACCUUCAGAAUCGUCACCAGCUUUUCAACAUGGACUUCUGUAGCUACCACGAGCACAAGUGCGAGGAAGACAAGUUGCAGUGCCCGUACAAGACUGAAAGGAUGAAGGCUGGCCAGGUAUGGCUCAUCAGGGAGUCGCGUGGCGAGCAAGACGGUUACGAGGCUACUGCUCCGUGAAGCAAGUGCAUGGUGUGGGAAGGACGUGCGGCGAGCAAGUCGAUUACAGGAUCACUGCUCGUGAAGCGGAUGCAUGGCGUGAGAACCGGUUCGGACGGAUAAUCGACGCAGAUUUCGCUUGUACAC